AUGGCGGCCGACGAACAUCCUGAAAUAAAACUCAAGUAUGCACGAAGCCACGACGGACGUGCCAUUCAUGGCGAAGCGCAAAUUAUAAACCUUCCAAACGAUAUAUUCCUGCUCGUUAUCUCGUACUUGUCACCAGAGGAUAAUAUCAUCUGCCGCCGCGUGAAUAGGGCUUGGCAGCAAACAUUCAGCUCGGAAGAUGUUGCUUUGUACUUGCUGAGAUUGCAUUUCCCACGGGCGCUGGAGAUGCGGAUGACAGCACCCUUCUCGAAACGGCCAGAUUGGGUUGCCAUCUUCGGAAACGUGGCGCGGCGAUAUCACCAUCUCCGCGCCGCCAAGCCGCAUCUCACGGAGAAGAUCAAGGUUGCCAGAGAAGACAAAGGCGGUCAACGGUAUCACGGCAUCACGCCUUGGAACAGGUUCCUGCACUUCAACGAGUACAUUGCAACUUUUGCGCACCGCGACCCGGUUUGGUGUAUGGACAACGGCCUACUGAUAUACCUUGAUACUGACGGAUGCUAUAUUGCUUACGAUCUAGAGUCAGAGGCCAGGCUCAAAGUACCAUUCGAAACAUCGGGCAAGACAGUGAGGCGUAUCCGUUUAGCAUGUAGAGUGCUCAUUAUCGAAUGGUGCGAGCGUGAGCCGUACCAUCAGUUGAAUGACAGGGAAACUGUUCAUCGGCAUUUUGCUACGGCCUUUGAUGUAGAACGGUGUCCACCGCGCUCAUCUUCAAAAUCUCCCAAAUUGUCUGUGGUGCGAUCGAUAUCAGAAUUGUCAGACUGGACCAUCACACUUCGCUCAGAAUGGAAAAUACACUUCCUCGGCCUGCCACUAAAUCGUCAGGAUCGCUUCUUCUCAGCGCAUACCGCCACUCAUUAUGCUCUAUAUCUCUGGCAGCCCAACAGAUCCCCGUGGGGCGAAGGAGAUCCUCUGGAGCAACUUACGAUAUGGAAUAUUUCAUUUCCUUCCCAAUAUCGCCCUUCCCACGAUCCGACAGGGAUGAACAAGCCUGAUCAUGGUCUGGGACCACAAGUUAUUCAGCGCUUUACUUGGCGAGAUUUGGAUUUCCUGGGCCUUCGGCAGAGGGAUACACCGUCGUUCAGGGAAAUCAUGCUCGAUGAUCAGAACGUCUAUAUUCAUGAAGAGGAGCAUCGCUGGCUUGCUGGUCCCCAGUCUUCUCUCAACCCUCCACGACACCAUCUGGUUCGGUGCACCGGUAUCCCCAUGACCGGCACCGGUCCAAUAUGGUUCGAUGAAUGUUGUGCUGACGGUGAUGUUCACAUGUCCUUCUGUCCGCGUGCCGGUUCAAUAGCCCGGCUGGACGGUGAUGACUUUAUGUCCACAUGUACAAAACAUAGGCCUGCUUUCGCUCCCUGUUGGCGUCAUGAAGAAUUCCCGUAUCUAACUAUUAGUGAAAUGAUUGACUCUGCAGCAGGCGUCAGGAUUGUUGCCAGACAGUGCUUCAUGGUCGAAGCCCUCUCUGUAUUCGUCAUGCCACGAAUCAGCGUCAAGGAACAAGACGAAGAUGGCCAUGAAAAUAGUGAAGUCAGGUUCACAGACGACAUGUGGGGCGAGCUGAUGGGGAAAGGGCGAAUAUGCGGUGAUGAGCGAUUUCUCGUCGGAGAGGAUAUGGAGGGCAUGGUCACAAUUAUGCGCUUCUGA